AUGGCCAGAGCAUUGGACACAAACGACAUGAAAUUAUGUACGGCUUUGUAUAACUCAGGGGUUUUCAUGGAUGCCAAAACUUCAGCAACAUAUAAGUCUCGUUUGAUGUUCGAAUAUGUCAAAAGAAAUGACACUGAGGCUGUUUCGUGCUUGCUUAGCGCAGGAGCCCAAGUCAAUGAGAUCCACGAGGAAUUUCCAGACACAGCACUUGGAAUGUUAGAGGCUGUUCUUCACGAUAAUGGAGACGUGAUUCUUGCAUCUGGAGUCUUUGCAAACGACAAGGAUCUGGCCAUCUUUGUGUUCAAGAAUGGCGGUAAAUGGGGUCGCUGUGCCUACGAAGAAUUGCUCAAGACAAGAGUCGAAAAGGCAAUAAAAAACAGGGAUCUCGAAAGUCUUCAAAGAAUGCAUAUGGCAGGGGUCAGACCUCGACCUGGAAUGAUCAUGUCCAUUGGCUCCCUCCAAACAGCAAGGUAUUUAGAUGAGGCCACCUUGCUGUCGGAAAUUUUGAUACAAAAUGGCGAUGAGAUCCUGGUUUCUGCAAUUCUCGCUGAAAAUGAACCUUUGGUGGCAUUCUUGCUCGAGAAAGAAGCCGAUCAAAAUGCAUCGAAUUAUCUUGAAUACGAAAUCAAAGUUCGAUCAUGUCAAACUCCACUAGAAGCAUCUUUGAUUCAAAUGAACCUGCAGCUGGCACAGGUUCUCAUCAGUCGUGGAGCUCUCAUCACCCAGAGAGAGAUAAUGGCAGCCGCAUGGGAAGCACUAAGGCGAGGAGAUGAUAGCAUCAUGGGCCGCUUUUUGGACAUGUUCCCACCCUCAUUUUACGCGGCUCCUGGUGCAAUUGGCCUUGCUAUACAGCUGCGAAAAUUCGACUUGACACAUUUGAUCUUGCGCUCGGGCAUUGACCCAAGAGGAGAACUUUCUCUCUCCGAGCGAUUAAGGUGUAAAGUGUCACAUCACUUGAGCGAGUCGGGGUGGUGGUGUGUCGAAGACCAGACAGAACCCUCAGAGACCGCUCUCGAUAUAGCAGUCAUUGCAGGGAAUCGAGCUACUUUGCAAAUGCUGCUCAUGUCGGCAGUUUGGACAAAAGAAGCGAGAGGCCGUGCGUUCACUUUGAGUAUGCAAUGCAAAAGGAUGGAUCUUGUCCAAGACCUGUGGACUUCCGAUACAGAUGUGAACCAGGAACUCGGUGAGAGCUAUGGCAGUAACUCAACUCCUCUUAAAAUUUCCAUUGAAUGGGGUGAUGUACCAUUGAUGAGUCGUCUGAUUGCAGCGGGUGCCAACAUCGACCAACUGGGCACACAUGGUCGAUACACCCCAUUACAACAAGCAACGAGCGACGAUAAACGAGAGAUCGUUGAGAGCUUGAUUGCAGCAGGUGCAAAUGUCAACUCCCCACCAAAUCCUCGAAAAGGAGCAACGGCUUUGCAGCUUGCCGUCAAACAAGGGAACGUGGAGCUCAUGGAGCUCCUUCUUGAGAAUGGGGCUGAAGUCAACCAAGCACCAGCAUAUCAAGCUGGAGCAACUGCAUUGCAGUUUGCGGCUAUUCAGGGAUACAUUGGAAUCGUUCGUAAAUUACUCGAGGCGGGUGCUGCCAUCCAUGCGCCCAGAUCGCGCAUUUACGGCAGAACUGCCACUGAGGGCGCUGCUGAGCAUGGUCGUAUCGACGUUUUGCAACUAUUUCUCAACGAAGAAGUUUCGUUUGAAGGAGAUUUCCGAACAGAGUAUAUCAGAUCGGUGAAACUGGCUGAAAAGAAUGGACAUCGCGCCGCAGCAAAUCUGAUCAAUUCAAAGAUUUGUUGGACCAUUUGGGAUCGUGAGCAGUUGCAGGAUGAGACUUUCGAUUACGGAGAGACACAGGUUUUGCAGUUAAAUAUACUUUAA